ACGUCAAAACAAUCCGGAAGACGGUAAAGCAUGACGGAACUGCUGCUCAGCGGAGGCGAGGUCAAGGCUACGGUGAUCCCAAAUGUUCAUAGAAAUAUAAUCGGCUGAACCUGUCCAUGCUGACAUAGCGCAGCUUUUCCAGAUAUCCGAACUGGUGUAGCUCCACCGUAAACAGGUCCAGCGACAUCAUGGGGAAUGGAAUGAAUAAGGUUGUUGAUGGACUGUACCUGGGCAACAUAAGAGAUUCGGAAAACAGAGAAGGUCUCUCCAAAAACGGAAUCACCCACAUCCUUUCAGUAUACAACAACGCUAAGCCAGUGCAUGAGGACAUGACAUACCUUUGUAUUCAUGCGGCUGAUGCUUCCAGUCAGAACCUACUGCAGCAUUUCAAAGAGUGCAUCGGCUUCAUCCACCAGUGUCGCCUCAAUGGUGGAGCCUGUUUGGUUCACUGUCUUGCAGGUGUGUCGCGCAGCACCACCAUGGUGGUGGCCUACCUGAUGACCGUCACCCACUACAGCUGGGAGGAAUGUCUGACUGCAGUGAAGGCUGUUCGCUCGUUUGUCGGCCCAAACUACGGCUUCCAGGAGCAGCUGCAGGAGUACCAGAACACACGCGUCUCCGAGUACCGAGUUUGGCUUCAGUCCAGUUUUCGUCCCAGUCCGUUCAAUGACCAGCAGGAGGUGGAGGCUCUGUUAAACCAGUAUGCUGAGCAGCAGGAGAGCCAGGGCAGAGCGGUGGACCACAGCUGGAUGAACCGGGGAGUAGACGCUGCUGAUGCUGAAGGCGACAGCUAAAGCUCCAGCUCCGUAGCCCCCAUACCGAAUGCAACUUUUUAGUUUGGAUUAAAGAAAUGGGUUUUUUUUAAGCUCUGGAUAUUUAUUUAGAAAUUUGCUACAAACUUUGAUUUCUUAUAUCACUGAACACUGCCAUUGCUAUGGUUUUGGUGACGCCUUACAAUAAACACCCCAGCACUUUAGCCAUAAUGAGUAACUUCCAUGUAUCUUUUUUUUUUGUUUGUUUUUGUUUUGUUUAUUUAUUUAUUUAUUUUUUUACCAUUGACUCAGCAGCCUUACAUCUGACUGAUUAAUGCUGUUUCGAUUAAAAACUGUUUGCCUUUUUGAAAAAUGAGAUGCUCCAGUUCAGCCAUAAUGUCUUAUUUUUACGUACAUCCCUUCAGUUUCUCCAAAAUAAACUAUUUAACACCGCAGCUUGUGAAAUCAUCAUGUGCAUUGGACUGAUGCAUUUUUCAAGUGCAUCUGAUUAACAGAUAAUGAGAAAGAUUUUUUUUUUUAUUAUUUGAUCACAUUACACAGACCAAAAUGCAUUACCUGGACCCCACAGUGAAACUUCCUGAUUUGGUGGAAAUAAUGAUGAUGUGUAGUAGGUGACAGAGUGUUGCACAAACUUCUACUUUCCCUGCUCAGGAGGGAACUUUAUGCUCCUUGUCAGGCUGUAAGUAGAAAAAAGAGAACAGUUAAACAAUAAAAGCAGGAGGUAACAUUUGGUGACAGAUUGCUUUAAUUGUCCACAAUAAUUUAUGGCACUAUAAACACAUUGAAAAUGUUUUAACAUUUAGAAAAUGUUACUUGAGGUAAAAUAAACUCAAUGAACUUUGAAGAGUAAUCACCCUUUGAUUUCCAAACACCUGUCUUCCUUUUAAUGCCUCUUUGUAAUGCAAUUGUGGAUUUAAAAAAAAAUAUAUAUUGUUAAAUUUCUGUUCUGUUUUAAUUAUGUAUAUAUGAUUUAUUUUGUUGUUAUGUUUUAUAAAGAAAUGCAAAAUUGCUAAUAAAUCUGAAGCUCUUGCAA